AUGUUGGUGCAGGAGCUGUACCAAGUAAAGGAUCGACUUGCAGCAGCUAAAAAUAGAAAUAAUCCCGGUGCUGAUGAGAAGACUGGUGUUAAGGCCAAGGGGAGUGAAGGCAAGGGUGCUACUGUGACUAAGGAGAAGGGAGUGCUGAAGAGUGUCACUCGUGAGCAGAGGAAAUGUGAAAUCAAAGUGCAGCUGAAGGAUGCACCUGUUAAAGAGAAGCCGUCGGUGCUGAAAGCGGCAAGCAUUGCAGCUGAUGCAACUAAGGAGACUGAAGAACCUAAGAGCUGUGGUGUGAACGGCCGGUGCAUCAAGGACGAAACUACUGGAGCGUCGUCCUGUGUGUGUGACACUGGCUAUGUGCUGCAGGCGGAUGGCAAGACAUUCAUGUCCCCUCCACCCCUCCUCUCCGCUCUUUUCUGCCUCUCCCCCCACCUAGAUUUUGCUUGCUUUGUCUCUCUCCCUCUCUCUCCCUCUCCCCCUCUCCCCCUCUCCCCCUCUCCCCCUCUCCCCCUCUCCCUCUCUACCCCUCUCCCCCUCUACCCCCCUGCCCCUCCCCCUCUAUCCCUCUCUCCCUCUAUCCCCCUCCCCCUCCCUCUCCCUCUCUCCUCCCUCUCCCUCUCUCCUCCCUCUCUUUCUCCCUCUCUCCUCCCUCACUUUCUCCUCCCACUGACACCCAAUGUUCUGUCCAUUUCAACCUUUCACGUUCCAACAAUGGUCUAG